CUGCUUGUCUGUUGUGUUGUCUGGGGCGGGGGGUGGGAGUCCUCCAAGAGUGGCCCCCAAACCGAACAACUGGCUAGCAUGUUAGCCUUUUGCCUAGCCUUGUCUGAUCAUUUAGCGUGCACUCCGUGUUUGUCUUCGCAGUGUCAAAACAUUCUGCUCUAAGAUAACAACAGACGACCCCAACAUUAUCCCCAGUAUUUUAAAUACAGUUCCUCUUGACGAUAAAGUAGUGAGCCAACCUGUUUUUAGGGCUUUGGCCUCCAUGAUUUGGGUGUUUGUGGUGUCCUCUGUUAGCCCUCAUCCUGACUGAAGUCAGCUCUGUCCCCCCUCAAACACACACACAUUCAAAGCACGGCGAUGACACACCAUUCAAACAACUCUGUUCGAGACCAUAUGAAAUGGGCUGGGUUGCUGGGCUGUGAGGCGGUGCUGUCCAGCAUGGCCCUGAUGCAAGCCAACAACAUUCCAGGUCAAAAGAAGAUGAUGUCACACAUGGGUCACGGGCACAGAGCGAGUUCCGAGAGCCACCAUACCCAAUCACACCAUAGCCACAACCACCAUGGGCACCAAGGUCACCAUGCACACGUUGGCCAUUUGUCUGCAGGAAGCUGUCCGCCACUGCUGAUCCAAAAGGAUGGGGAUUACCACACCUCAAGAAUAUUGGAUGGAAAGAAUAUGCAACAUAAGAAAAAGCACAAAAAAUCUGGGUCUGUUAAAGUCAAGGAGGAAGUGCGGCCUUUAUUGCAGCAACUCGACAUGGACGACGACGACGACAGUGCUUUGAAAGUUCAGAAGAACUUCAUCUGUGACCACUGCUAUGGAGCUUUCCGGAGCAGCUACCACCUCAAGCGACACAUACUUACACACACAGGGGAAAAGCCUUAUGCUUGUGACAGCUGUGAGAUGCGCUUUAUUCAGCGUUACCACCUGGACCGACACAAGAGGGUGCACAGUGGCGAGAAGCCGUACCAGUGUGAUCGUUGCAAUCAGACCUUCUCACGGACAGACAGGCUGCUGAGGCACCGGCGGUUGUGUACAGCCGGGAUCAGCAAAGAUGAUUGUUGUGAUAGUCGCACAUCUGUGUACUCGCAGGACACAUCUGGCCACACAGCCUCCUGGAGCCCCCUACAGCCUUCCAACAACCGCCUGACAGUCUGACCCACGUCCCCCAAAAAUACCUAAUAGACAGUUGGUGACUCAGUAAUGUUGCGUUAAUGCGCAACAUCACUAAAACCUGAACACAGCUUAGCUUGCAUAACUAGCUAACACAACCAUAUUUGUUUAGAUUUUGGUACCUUAGGUAUCUUCUGUUUUUCAUUGUAAAGGUCAAAGGGGAAGGACUAAACCACAACCUCUCCAAAGGCAACAGUCCAUGAUGGCAAUAAGUGAAUGACACAUGCACUCACAUCUUAUCCCGCUAAAGACUGUGAUAGUGUUGCUGUCAUGGGAUGAAUUGGUGGUAUUUCUGGCAGUUGAUCUGUUGCACAGCACAUCUUUGAUUGUCCUGCUGAGCCCAGAAAUCAACACCUCUACAUUUGUAUCUCUGUCCAGGUCAACACGUAAAGUUUUUUUUGUAGUAAUUAGCAACCCAUCUAAUAUUGUAGGGUUUAUGUGACUAUUGUAAUUAAAAAAUCAUAUACAUUUCAUGAUCUGUCAGAGCAUCACUACCAUCAGCUAUUCACCUAGUUCUCUAAUGUCAAAAUGAAAGGCUAAUAAUCAAAUCUCAAUGUGCAGCAAACACAUAUACGGCUCCACAUUGUUUUUAAUGAUUUUGCAUUGACAAAGUUGGUGAAAAUAAAUUUAAAUGAGGAUUUUUUUUUCAUACUUCAAAAAUAAUGGCUUGAAAUGCUAUUCUGCUUUUUGUUUUACAGUUAUAACCGCAUCAACAAAUUUCUUGUCAGGUUGAUGAUCUCUCUUUAUCUUGUAUUUGGAUCGAUGCUCCUGCUCGUCCAUCCUUUUUCAGAAGUUUUUUGUGGGAAGUGGACCAGGACAACCAACAUACAGCUGCUUAGUUUUAGUCAGAGACCUGCUGGAAAAUAAUUUGCCUCCGGCGUGACCUGAUUGAAUGUGAAGAUACUGUGCCAUGUCAUUUCAUCUCCAGUUUAACACUUAGGCAUCUUCAGUGAAGAUGACCAACUCUUAAGUGAUUUAUUUACUGAUGAUAACAUACAUUACUUCCUGUUGAGACCUGUGUAUGGUUCAAUCUGCAAACACUGGGCUGAGGUUAUUAGUUUGUUUGUAGAACACUUGAUUUAGUCGUUACCUGUCUAGACCGCAGCAGUUUUUUUUUUUUUUUUAGUUUUCUAUUAGACUGGUAGCUCUUUUGCUAUUUUAGAUGACGUGAAAGGAGUUAGGGGCCCAUCACUGCAUUGCCCUCUGCUCAUUAAGUUAAUAUAUAUUUAAAUUGUAUUAGCAGUAGACAACUUUAUUUUGCGGGACCUACAUUCCAAAAAAAUCAAAAUAUUUAUAAAGUGUAGCUUGAUGAUUUCUUUUGAGUCACAAAGCUUUGAUGUGGAAUUACAAUUUAAAGGAAGCCACUUCUUUCUAGUAUCAUAGUCAUGAUUAUUUGUCUUUUUUUUUUCUGAGUUUGAAUAAAUGUAUGGACUUCAUCUUUAUUAGAUAUUUUAGAGGUGAAAUUAAGUACAUUUUAUAGCUGAUUAUAUUGUAUUGUGCAUGGAGUUUUAGGGCCCCAAGUCUGAAUAAAAUGUUAAUUCCUUUUGUAGUUAGUCACGUUAUGUUCUCUCAUUACAUACGAUGGUUUAUAGAAGGACUCAAUACACCUUUUUAAAACACUUUUUCAAAGUCUUCAGGGGUAAAAUAUACUGUAUUAUCAAAGACACCUGCUGUACAAUACACCAGCCCUGCAAUCAAUCCACUCUUCAUUAACAUUCAUGCUCACUCUUCAUUAUUACAAGUAAAUCACUUCAUAACUACUGGCUUACUAAACAGCUUUUCAAACAGAAUUGUAAUACAGUACAGUAGAUGUUCCGAGACCACCCACAAAUAGAGAGUAAUUGAGACGGCCAUAA